AUGAAACGCUGUCCAAUUCUAAUUAAUGUUAGUCGAGAUGGUCUCAUCGAUACAAAAGCACUUACUCAAGCAUUCAAAUGUGGACAAAUUUCUUAUGCUGUUCUCGAUGUUAUCGAAGAUGAGCCUAAUAUCGACGAAGAAUUAGUCAAACUUGACGAUGUACUUCUCACUCCUCAUGUGACUUGGUAUAUCGAAGAAUCAAAACGAGCUCUGAGAAUGAAGGGCAUUGAAGAUAUUUUACGAGUGUUGAGAGGUGAACGACCAAUCUAUCCUGUUUCUGAAUAA